AUGGGGGUGCCGGUGCUGGGCGUGGCGGUCGCCGCCGUCGCUGUCGCCUUCGCGCUGCUCUACUGGUACUUCACGGCCACGUUCGACUACUGGCGCCGCAAGGGCGUGCAGAGCCUGGGGGCGCGGGCGGCGCGGGCGGAGCAGGUGGAGAUGAAGGAGCCGCUGGCGCAGUACGCCACCGACGUCAUCGGCAACUGCGCCUUCGGCCUGCAGAUCAACUCCCUGAGCGACCCCGACUGCGAGUUCCGGCGCAUGGGCAAGAAGAUGUUCGAGCCCACGCUCGCCAGCGCCCUGCGCCGCUUCACGCUCAUCUUCCUGCCCACGCUCGCCAAGGUGCUGAACGUGAGCCUCAUCGGGGGCGACGUGACGCGCUUCUUCCGGGCGGCCGUGCGCGAGACGGUGGCGCUGCGCGAGCGGCACGGCGUGCUGCGCCACGACUUCCUGCACCUGCUCCUGCAGCUGCGCGCGCACGGCGCCGACGACGCCUUCGAACUCACGGACAACCUGCUGGCGGCGCAAGUGUUCGUGUUCUUCAUGGCGGGCUUCGAGACCACGUCCACCACGAUGAGCUUCGCGCUGCACGAGCUGGCGGUGAACCCGGACGUCCAGGCGCGCCUGCAGGAGGAGGUGGACGCCGCCCUGCAGGAGACCGACGGCCGCGUCACCUACGACGCCGUCAUGAAGAUGGAGAUUGCCCUUUGCAUAGAAUAUAGCAUGCAGCCUGUCUCUCUGGGCAUGCGCUUCGGGCUGCUGCAGGCCAAGACGGGGCUGGCGGCGCUGCUGGCGCGCUACUCGUUCGAGGCGUGCGAGCGCACGCAGGAGCCGCCGCGCCUCGACCCCAAGGCGCUCGUCACGGCGGCCGAGGGCGGCGCCUGGCUGCGCGUGCGCGCGCGCUGCCCUUCCGCGGCGCCCUAG